AUGCGGACAGUCUCCAUUUUAGGGUUAUACGCACUCUCCGUAGCAGCAGCAUCCCCCCAACACACAUCGUCGUCGUCCUCGGUGACAAUACUCUUUCAUAAUGAUGGAGACUGGACGACCCAUGGCCAGAAACCCAGCGCAUUGUUCGUCAGCAAUUCCAGCACAUACGACGAUGCCGUCGACACCUGUGCCUCGUACGGGGAGAAGUUGCUUGAUUGUCGCCAAUUCGGUGAUUUCGUGACCGAGCUCGUGUAUCAAGAGUACAUCCAUAAUGCCAAUGGAUUGUUGUUUUGGUCAACUUGCAGCUCCUCUGCGCCUACAGAUGUUAAAGGGGCUGUGGUACACGCCAAUGCCGACAGCGCAAAACUACCAUUUCUAUGCACAAACUCGGCGCCUUUUGUCGAGAAGAUAGACACCGAUUACUCUACCUUGCCUCGGGUGCAGACUCCUAGCAUUGGUGGAAUUUCCUUCCAAGGUCUACGAGAUCAUAUGGCAUUCCGAUUCCUAGGUAUCCCGUUUGCGAAACCGCCUGUCGGAGAUCUGAGAUUCAAAUACGCCCAACCAGUGGAGUAUAUAGACACCAAGGUUAAUGCAACAAACUACGGACCAGCCUGUUUACAAGUCGGCCCGUUUGAUGGAAACUCUCAAGGCCUUAAUCCGUGGGGCAACAGCGAGGACUGCUUGCAUCUCCAAGUCUUUACCCCAUCCCUUCCAGUUGGCGGUGUUCCCUCAAAGAAGGACUUGAAACCUGUCAUGCUGUGGAUUCAUGGCGGUGGUAUGGUCAAUGGUGCGGGCAGUGAUUCGACUUUUGAUGGAGACAGUUUGGUAAGCCGUGGAGACGUUGUGCUUGUAGCAAUCAACUAUCGUCUGAAUAUUUUUGGUCUUUUAAGUCUCGACGAUACGAUCCCCGGCAACUACGACAUGUCUGAUAAGAUUGUUGCACUGAAAUGGGUUAAGAAAUACAUCACUGCGUUUGGAGGCGACCCCGACAACAUCACUAUCUUUGGUCAAUCUGCCGGUGCAGCCUCAGUCAUGAGUUUAGUCGUCUCACCCAAUGCAAAGGGACUCUUCCAUAACGCCAUCGCCCAGUCGAUCGGAGGAUUCGUGAAGAAUCGCACCGUAGCUGCAGGAGAAGUCUCGCCUUAUCUACAACCUCUUUGCCACAACUCUACUGGCGAAGUACGACUAAAAUGCCUCCAGGCUAUCCCGGCAGAAACCCUACUCAACAUCAGCACCAGAUCAUCCUGGCAAACAGUAAUCGACAACAACUACAUGCCCGCUCAACCCGUAUCGCUCGUGAGCAGAGGCGACAUCAACGCCGUGAAUCUGAUCCUGGGCUUCAUGCCGGAGGAAGCCCAAUCUCUUCUCGAAACAGCCUCUGCGCCGGAUGCAACCAACUUUAACGACUCCCUCGCAACUCUCAUUGCAGCCCGCUCCAUCAAUCAAUCACAAGCCAAUGCCAUCAGCUCGUCGGGGCUCUGGGAUGUUCCUCAGCACUACCCCAGUGUCUACAACGCAACCAUCAACCUCGCCACCGACACUGUCAUCCUGUGCUACUCAACAGAAUUCAUCGAAGCCGGCUCAUCCCCAGUCGGAAACCCCAACGCCUUCACCAGUCUCUGGGUCUACGAGCACCAGCGCGCCUACGCACUUCCAUUCUACAGUUUCUAUGGCUUGUGCUCUUUCCCAAUCGGGAAACCAAACACGCCAUACUACCGGUGCCAUUCAGGAGACCUCUUCGAAGUGUUUGGAACAUAUUACCUAUUCGACCAGCCCGUGCGAGUGGUCGAAGAUAUUUACUACACCAACGCGGUGCAAGAUAUGUGGACGGCGUUUGCGAAAAGUGGAAACCCGAACCCGGAAGAAGCGUAUCUCGCAGUGAGGGGGUAUAAUUCGUCCCAGGAGGUAUUCCGUACGUUUAAAAUGAAGGAGUAUAGCAAGAAAGAGGGUCAGUUGGCCAAGUUGCAAUGGCCGAGACCGUGGUAUGCUAGCUUGCCGGACCAGGAGCAUUGCCAUGUCCUAGGUAUGGAAUAUUGAGUCAAUACAUAUGUAAG